GGCGGCGCCUGCGCACUGCGGUAAGGCUGGACUGGCUUGGGCAGCAGACUUGGGGACCUUUCCCUAAGCUCUUGAAGAGCGGAUCUUACAGUUCCCAAACUUCGCGGCGCCAAGAUGGAUCAUCAGAAGCUUGGAGAGCUGGAUGUUCCCCGGGGGAAAAGAUUAAUGACCCUAGAAGACAUUGCCAGGAAAAUCGAGCUCCUUCCAGAAUUGGAAAGGAACCUGCUCACCUACGGCUCGGGGUACGUCGGCACCAACGCGGCUCUCUGCGGCCUCAUCGCCAACACUUUCUGCCGCCGCGUCCUCAACGUCACGCAGGCUCGCCUCGCGGCCAGCCUGCCCAUGGCCAUCCUGCCGUUUCUGACCACCACCACGACCUACCAGACUUUCGUCACCGACCCUUUGAAUUCGGGUGACCUGAACUGUGAAACCUGCACCACCAUAAGAAGUGGAUUGGUUGGAAUGCUGAUCGGCGGACUUUAUCCUGUUGUCUUGGCCUUUCCCAUCAAUGGAGCCUUGGCAACCAUUUACCACACGAGCCCGCUGCCACAGAGAGGAAACAUCCUAAACUACUGGAUAACUCUUUCAAGGCCCAUCUUCAGGAAGAUGCUUUUCCCUAUACUGUUGCAGACUGCAUUUGCCUUCUAUCUUGGUUCCAGACAAUAUAGAAUAUUUAUAAAAGCACUUCAAUUGCCGGACCCUGAAGUGGACAAGAAAAAGUCUCACUGACAAAUAGCCUGUAUAUGUCAGAGGGAGCAACUUAGCAAAUAUAAAAAUAAAUU